CGCUGCUGCGGCAUACUGCAGAGGUAAACAAAAGUGGGCGGCAGAUGAUGCCUGUGGGUUUUAUUAUUUUUUAUCUACACAUUUGGAUUGUGAUCAUAAUAAUUGCGAUACUUAUGAUAUUAGAAGGUGGAAUUUAUUGAAUUGCCUUUCAAGCCAACUUGAACUGGCUGCCCAUACCGUUUGGCCGUCUGACAGCAAAAUCUAGCCAACUCAAACUGGAUGAAAUGGCGAUGUGGCACAAAAUUGUGAUAUUUUUAUAUUUGCUUUCAAUCAGAAUGACUGUGAUGGCUACUGGCCAAGCUAAGAAGAACAUACUCUUCCUCAUAGCUGACGAUGCAGGCUUUGAGACUCCCGUGUAUGGCAACACAGUGUGCCAGACACCAAACCUGGAUCGUCUGGCAGCCCAGAGUGUAGUCUUCGACAAUGCCUUUACUUCAGUCAGCAGCUGCUCACCAAGCCGGGCAGCCCUGCUGACUGGCCUGCCAUCCCACCAGAAUGGAAUGUAUGGCCUUCACCACUCAGUACACCACUUCAACUCAUUUGACGGUGUGGUCUCUUUGCCGGCCUUGGUCCGGCAGCACGGAGUCCGAACAGGUAUAAUCGGGAAGAAGCACGUCGGCCCGUCCAGCGUGUACCCAUUCGACUUCUCCUAUACGGAGGAGGACGGCCACUCGAUCCUGCAGGUCGGCCGCAACAUCACUCACAUCAAGGAGCUGGUCGGCCGGUUCCUAGCCACCACGCCGCGCAGCCAGCCGUGGUUCCUGUACGUCGGUUUCCACGACCCACACCGGUGCGGCCACACCCACCCCGAGCUGGGCCAGUUCUGUGAGAGGUUCGGCGCUGACGGCGGCAUCCCCGACUGGACGCCCGUCUGGUACAGUCCGGACUCCGUGGAGGUACCGUACAACGUCCAAGACACGCCGGCCGCGCGGGCUGACAUAGCCGCUCAGUACACCACUGUGUCGCGGCUGGACCAGGGAGUCGGGCUGGUGCUGGCGCAGCUGGAGAGAUUUGGUCUGACCGACAGCACCCUGGUGGUAUACACGUCUGACAAUGGAGCGCCCUUUCCCGGCGGACGUACCAACCUCUACGAGCCAGGCGUGGCCGAGCCGCUGCUGCUGUCCGUGCCGGGCGUGGGCGGCCGUCGCCAGGCCUCGCCCGUCUCCCUGCUGGACCUGGUGCCCACGGCGCUCGACUGGCUCGGCAUCUCCUACCCGCACUACCACCUCAACAACAGGACGGCGGCCGUCACACUGACCGGACGCAGUCUGCUCUCGCUGGCGCAAAAAGAUCACGCAGUGUCUCGGAGCGUGUUCGCCAGCCAGGCGUUCCACGAGGUUACCAUGACGUACCCGAUGCGGGCCGUUCGCGGCACGCGCUACAAGCUCAUCCACAACAUCAACUAUCGGCUGCCGUUCCCGAUCGACCAGGACUUUUACUUGUCGCCCACAUUCCAGGACCUGCUGAAUCGCACUGUGUCCGGAGAGCCGGUGCCCUGGUACAAAACGCUGCACGGCUACUACCACCGGCCCGAAUGGGAGCUGUUCGACCUGAAACGGGACCCGCGCGAGCUACACAACCUGGCCAGCAAGGCCUCCCACCAGGAGCGGCUGGCGCGGCUGCGGCGGCGACUGGAGAGCUGGCAGUGGCUCAGUGACGACCCGUGGGUGUGUGCCCCGCACGGUGUGCUGCAGAACGCCGGCGCGCACCGCCACCGGCCGCUCUGCAUGCCGCUGCACGACGAGCUGUGAGUGGCCAAAGGAGGUCUGUCGCUGUUGGAAAUCUGACUGCGCCGUCGGGAAGCGCAUCAUGGCACUGUCGGACCGUGCUGUUGGAUAGAAGCGGGCUGGGCUGUCGAACCUGGCUGCCUUUUGGCGGCCAACUCACCGUCUAAAAGCGAGACCCACUUUUGGAUAGCUAGUCGUUCUAGUGAAGUCAAGUCAGACAGCCCAUCCAUGCCUAUCGGGGACCAAAUAUCGCACGGAUGACACCAAUUGCCUCGAUUAUGUCGAUACUCGAUGCUCGAUGCUUCUGCGAUCAUUCCAUUGAUUGGGUUAACGGCUAACGCAAUACCGCUGAGAUGCAUUCAUCCCCGGACCCCGCCAUCCUGCGGACAAGCACAUCCGCAUCCCCUCACACUUUCAUUUCCUGGCUGGCGGUCACCCCCCACCAGACAACCGGUGGUGAGGACAGGCCCACACCAGGGCACUUCCUCUUCGGGGUGGCGUUUGAGCGGCAGGGCGGGCUGUGUAUGAACUAUAUGCUCUAUCAUCCCACAGCUCUGCAAUGGCUUUUUCAGGCCGAAAGAGCUUGUUUCCAACAAAAUAAAAACAAACUAAACCGCUAAGAUAUUAAUGUGAUGCGUGGCACAAUGCAGAUAUUGUCACUGAUCCUCUGCUAUAAUUUGAAAUGGCAUAUACUCUGCGAUAUAUUUAGGUAUAGCUGUCUGCAAUUUUAUAUGACUUGUAUUGUUGUAUAUACAACCGUAAUAUGUUAAUCAGAUUGUAAAUUUUUAUACUAUCAACAAUAUGUAUUUGUACCAAUUAUUACAUAGAUGUGUAUCCAGUGAUAUAUUUUUAUCCAUUGUCACAUUGAAGUGUAUCCAGUGAUAUGUAGCGGUCGACCAUGUGAAUUGUGAUUGCGGGAUUAACCGUAUCGGUGCAUAGUAUCGGUACGCGACUGGAGGCUAGGCCUAAGGUAUCGUCAUGUGUACCACGUGGAACAGUGUGAUUGUUAAUGACAACCAAUGGAAGGAAAUUAAAAUAAACGGACAUUUU